AUAUUUAUGAUAGUAGUAACAGAUAAGCUUGGUUGUUAUUUAUGUUUAUCUGUUCUUAAAUUAGUCUGUUAUUGUGUGUGGCUGAUAUUUAGUCCAUCACUCCUAUUCUGACGUGACAAUUACCAGUUCACUCCGGUUCUUGAUUCACAAAAUAUUCUGCAUUCAACCAUUAAACUCUUUAAAAACAGAUUUAAGCAAUGUCUGCCAUUUUCCUGAGAAGCACGGUACAAAUGCAAUGAUUUACCCACUCCAAGGUGCAAUUUAUGUUUAUGACAGUACUAACAGAUAAGCUUGGUUGUUAUUUAUGUUUGUCUGUUUUUAAAUUUGUCUGUUAUUUAGUCCAUCACUCUUAUUCUGAUGUGACAAUUAUCAGUUCUUGAUUCACAAAAUAUUUAAGCAAUGUCUGCCAUUUUCCUGAGAAAAGGAGCUCAAAGACUCGCAUGCACAUUUCCUCUGUUCUCUACGAAGCCUAACCCUAAUUCACAACCCAAACCCCCCUUUAUUCCUUCUCCAUCCACCACUCAUCCCGAGCUAAAACUACUACUCUAUCAGAAAUCCAAGGUUGGUUUCGAUAAACUCGACGAUGCUCUUCUUCUGUUCGAUAAAAUGCUCCUUCUGAAAUCUAAGCUUUCUGUUCUGCAUUUCAACCAACUGUUAGCCGCCCUCGUUCGGAUGAAAGAAUACUCUGUUGCUGUCUCCAUGUUUCGAGAAAUGCGUGUGUUAAGCAUUCCUGUUAAUAUUGUUACCUAUACUACUGCCAUCCAUUCCUGUUGUCACUUGAAUACGCUUGAUUAUGCCUUUUCGUUACUUGCUGGAAUCAUCAAGAGUGGUUGGGUGCCCGAUGUCGUGACCUACACCACUCUCAUCAAAGGCCUUCUGUCUCAAGACAGGGCUUUGGAGGCUGAGCAUCUAUUUAGGAAGCUUAUCAGAUUUCGAGAAAUUCAGCCUGAUGUAGUGACAUAUAGCACCAUCAUUGAUGGUCUCUGCAAAACUUCAAAUACCUCCAUGGCUCUCAAGUUGUUAAGAAAGAUGGAGAAGUUAGGUUGUAGACCCGAUGCAAUAACUUAUACCUCGAUUAUUGAUUCUUUGUGCAAAGAGAGACAAGUCGAUAAUGCAUUGGAUCUUGUGUCUGAAAUGACCCACAAAGGCAUAUCACCAGAUGUUAUAACCUAUAACAGAUUACUUCAAGGCCUUUGCAGCUCUAGCCGAUGGGAGGACAUUGAGCCGUUGUUAACUGAGAGGGGUGCUCAGAAGAUCCCUCCUGAUUUGCAUACCUAUAGUAUAUUAGUUGAUGCAUACUGCAAAGAAGGGAGGACAAAAGAUGCAGAAGAUUUGAUUAAAACUAUGAUCCAGAAAGGUGUGCCUCCUGAUGUAAUCACCUACAGUGCGCUUAUGGAUGGAUUUUGUUUAAGAGGCAAAAUGGACAGGGCACUAGAGGUGCUGAAUACAAUGAGAAGUAAUGGGAUAGCGCCAGAUUGUUAUAGCUUUAACAUUCUGAUAAAUGGCUAUUGUAAGAGGCAGGAACUAGAAAAAGCCAUCAAUCUCCUCAGACAAAUGCAUGUUGAAGGUAUAAAAGCCAAUGUUCAAACCUACAGCACCAUCAUACAUGGUCUCUUUCAGAUGGGUAGACAUAAUGAUGUGCACAACCUUUGCCAUGAAAUGCUAAAGAAAGGUAUUAAACCAAAUAUUGUAACUUGUCGAAUUCUGUUGGAUGGCCUUUGCACGAAUCGACACAUGGAUGAAGCAAUUUCCUUCUUUCGAAUGAUGGAAUGUGAAGGUAUAGUUCAUGAUAUUCAAGUACAUAGUAUCCUCAUGGAUGGUCUCUGCAAGAACAGAAAACUUGACGAGGCCAGAAAUAUUUUUGAUAAGCUUGCUUCGAGAGGUUUGCAACCCGAUGUCAUAACACACAACAUAAUGAUCAGAGGACUUUGUCAAGAAGGGUUAUUUGACGAAGCAAAGAUGUUACUUUCUAAAAUGGAAUCUAGUGGUUGUUUGCCUGACGAUGUGACUUACAACACGAUCAUCCGUGGAAGCCUCUUGAAUAAAAGAUACGAAGAAGCAGUUGUACUGAUUGAGAACAUGAGAGCUCACAAUUUCUCAGCGGAUGCAUCUACCACAUCCAUGGUAGCAGACCUAUUACCUAAAGAAGAACAGGAAGAAGAGGAAGAACAGGACCCCGCCGUUCUUGCUUUCUGCAAAUGGUUUUUGCAACAGGGGAUUACACAAAAUAACAAGUUGGAACAGAAAAUGAAGUAUGAAUAUUGCUUGUCGAAUCACAAGGAGCUUACAGUUUAUGAAAGGAUGAUCAUGCUGACAGCUCGAGCACAUUCUGGAUUUGAGAAGAUCAGUCAAAUAGAUAUGAAGGUCUCUACAUCAAAUGCUGGGUGUGGAGCACAGGGCAACAGUGAAUUCGGAAAAGGAAAUAUUUUCUAUCCUAUAUUUCUUCCAUUCUACUCAACCAUGGUAGAGCCUGUCAAAGAACUAACAGAUGAUGAAAACCCUGCCAAGUCAAUGUCUGCCAUUUUCCUGAGAAGAGGAGCUCAAAGACUGGCAUGCACAUUCCCUCUGUUCUCUACUAAACCCAAAGCCCCCUUUGUACCUUCUCCAUCCACCACUCAUCCCGAGCUAAAACAAUUGCUCUAUCAGAAGUCUAAGGUUGGUUUCGAUAAACUCGACGAUGCUCUGCUUGUGUUCGAUCAAAUGCUCCUUCUGAAAUCUAAGCUUUCUGUUGUGCAUUUCACACAACUCUUAACCGCCCUCGUCCGAAUGGAAGAGUACUCUGUUGCCGUCUCCAUGUUUAGAGAAUUCCGUGUUUUAAGCAUUCCUGUUAAUAUUGUUACCUUUACUACUGCCAUCCAUUCCUGUUGUCACUUGAAUACGCUUGAUUAUGCCUUUUCGUUGCUUGCUGGAAUCAUCAAGAGUGGUCAUGUCCCCAAUGUUGUGACCUACACCACUCUCAUCAAGGGCCUUCUGUCUCAAGACAGGCCUUUGGAGGCUGAGCAUUUAUUUAAGAAGCUUAUCAGAUUUCGAGAAAUUCUGCCCAAUGUAGUUAUGUAUAACACCAUCAUUGAUGGUCUCUGCAAAACUUCAAAUACUUCCACGGCUCUCAAGUUGUUAAGAAAGAUGGAGAAGUUAGGUUGUAGACCCGAUGCAAUAACUUAUACCUCGAUUAUUGAUUCUUUGUGCAAAGAGAGACGAGUCGAUAAUGCAUUGGAUCUUGUGUCUGAAAUGACCAACAAAGGCAUAUCACCUAAUGUUAUAACCUAUAACAGCUUACUUCAAGGUCUUUGCAGCUCAGGCCGAUGGGAGGACACUGAGCGUUUGUUAACUGAGAUGGGUGUUAGGAAGAUCUCUUCAGAUUUGCACACCUAUAAUAUAUUAGUUGAUGCACACUGCAAAGAAGGGAGGACAAAAGAUGCUCAAGAUGUUAUUGAAAUUAUGAUCGAGAAAAGUGUACCUCCUGAUGUCAUCACCUACAACACACUAAUGGAUGGAUAUUGUUUAACAGGCAAAAUGGACAGGGCACUAGAGGUGCUGAAUACCAUAAGGAGUAAUGAGAUAUGGCCAAAUUGUUAUAGCUAUAACAUUCUGAUAAAUGGCUAUUGUAAGAGGCAGGAAGUAGACAACGCCAUCAAUCUCCUCAGACAAAUGCCUGUUGAAGGUAUAAAAGCUGAUGUUCAAACCUACAGCACCAUCAUACAUGGUUUGUUUCAGAUGGGUAGACAUAAUGAGGCGCGGAACCUUUUCCAUGAAAUGCUAAAACAAGGUAAUAAACCAGAUAUCGUAACAUGUCGAAUUCUGUUGGAUGGCCUUUGCAAGAACCGAUACAUGGAUGAAGCAAUUUCCUUCUUUCGAAUAAUGGAAUGUAAAGGUAUAGUUCAUGAUGUUCAAAUACAUAAUAUCCUCAUAGAUGGUCUCUGCAAGAACAGAAAACUUGAUGAGGCCAGAAAUAUAUUUGAUAAGCUUGCUUCGAGAGGUUUGCAACCCGAUGUGAAGACAUACACUACAAUGAUCAGAGGACUUUGUCAAGAAGGGUUGUUUGAGGAAGCAAAGAUAUUACUUUCUGAAAUGGAAACUAGCGGUUGUUUGCCUGAUGAUGUGACUUACAACACGAUCAUCCGUGGAAGCCUUUUGAAUAAAAGAUACGAAGAAGCAGUUGUACUGAUUGAGAACAUGCGAGCUCACAAUUUCAAAGCGGAUGCAUCUUCCACAUCCAUGGUAGUAGACCUAUUACCUAAAGAAGAACAGGAAGAACAGGACCCCGCCGUUCUUGCUUUCUGCAAAUGGUUUUUUCAACAGAAAAAUGAUCACACUGACAGCUCGAGCACAUUUUUUGAUUUAAGAAGAUCAGUCAAAUAGAUCUGAAGGUCUCUACAUCAGAUGCUGGGUAACUAAAGUGCAUCCCCUAGGCCCUCAUUUAUUUAUGCUUCCUGUUUGAUAUUGAGGACUGUUGAAUAGAAGUGCAGAAAAGUGAUCAAAAUAGUAUGAAUUCAUUGUCUUUACUCCUUUGCCAGUAAUCUUUAUAAGUUAUAGGUCAUAGACCUAACUCUAUGUACUCACAGAUCUCAUCAAGUGGCCGCUUGAAUGGUAAUAAGCAUUUCGAAUGACUUUUGCACAAAUCUUACAGUUUGUUUCUUCCGAUAUUAUCUCUUAUGUGCCAAUUAAUUCAGCGUC